UGGGAAAAUUGGUUUUGUUGCAAAUAGCUAUUAUUUUCGCCUAAAAGUCCUAAAACAAGAGUUUAUAGUUCACCCAAACAAUGUUUUAAAUAUUUCAAAAGGUUUCGAAGUGUGAGAAAAACUGUAGCAAUCAACAUGACUGCCACAGCAUCAGCGACAACGGCGACGAUUGAUGAAGAUUUGGAUGAGUGUGGACCACAGCUGAUUAGUAAACUUGAAGGAAAUGGAAUUACGUCCGGAGAUAUAAAAAAAUUAGAAGAGGCUGGUUAUCAUACCGUGGAAUCGGUUGCUUAUGCACCAAAGAAAUGGCUUAUAACUAUCAAAGGCAUAUCGGAAGCCAAAGCAGAUAAAAUAUUAGCUGAAGCAUCAAAGUUGGUUCCUAUGGGAUUCACCACAGCAACAGAGUUCCAUCAGAAAAGGGCUGAAAUAAUACAGCUAACAACAGGGUCAAAAGAAUUGGACAGGCUCCUUGGUGGAGGAAUAGAGACAGGAUCAAUUACAGAAAUUUUUGGGGAGUUUAGAACUGGGAAAACUCAACUUUGUCAUACACUGGCUGUUACUUGUCAGCUGCCAAUAGAACAAUCUGGUGGUGAGGGAAAAUGUAUGUACAUAGACACAGAAGGAACCUUCCGUCCGGAGCGGCUGCUGGCCGUUGCUCAGAGAUAUGGCAUGGAGGGUGCAGCUGUUCUAGACAAUGUCGCAUACGCUAGGGCUUAUAACACAGACCAUCAAACACAGUUGUUAGUUCAAGCUUGUGCAAUGAUGGCAGAGUCAAGAUAUUCUUUACUAAUAGUGGACAGUGCUACAGCUCUAUACAGAACUGACUACUCUGGCAGAGGAGAACUCAAUUCACGACAGUUGCAUCUCGGGAGAUUUAUGAGGAUGUUACUUAGACUUGCCGAUGAGUUUGGCGUAGCGGUAAUAAUUACAAACCAAGUAGUGGCACAAGUGGAUUCGGUGGGUGUGUUCAACGCUGACACCAAGAAGCCCAUCGGCGGACAUAUCAUGGCGCACGCGUCUACCACUAGACUGUAUUUGAGGAAGGGGAGAGGUGAUAACAGAGUUUGUAAGAUAUACGAUAGUCCCUGCUUGCCCGAGACGGAGGCCAUGUUCGCUAUCAGCACUGAAGGUAUCACUGACGCUAAAGAGUAGUUUGGAUAUUGAUAAAUGGGGAAUAUGCAUAUUUUAUUGGCUUAUCAAUGAACUAUAAAAAGUGUUUGCUAGGCCAUAUAUUUAUAAUAAUCUAUGAUCGAUUGUUGAACCGUUAAUGAGGGUUGUAUGGCGCUAUGUAGCCAGAGGGUCUAUCGUGUCAAGCAGCUGUCAUAUGUCACGAAAUAGCUUCAUAUAGCUGUAAUAUGUCUGUCUGACUCGACAUUUGACAAGAAAGAUCCUACCGUCGUCGCCUUCCUCUGGUGGCAAAUGAUAUAUUGACAACCCUUAUUAGAGAGUGCUUGUUAGAGAAUGCUUGUAAGAGAAUGCUUUUAACAGCAACUUUUGUUUUGAACAUUACUGUUUUUAAUACUUUGUUCUUUAACAUAUUUUGAUUUAGCUAGGUACUGAUUUCAAUUUUUAGCCUAUUUCAUUUGAUAAGUACUUAUUCAAAAUUGCUGAUUUUAAAACAAUGCAUGUUCCCAAUUACUAUUUAGUUUUAUGUUUACAUACAUGUUUGAGCGAUUUUAAAAUUCAUGGCUAGAUCCAGAUCAUUCAUCAUUUUCAUGUAAGUAUGUUAAACACAAUAUCUUUAGUGACCUCAGGUAUGUA